UUUUUUCAGCACUCUUUUCAAGCUGCCCGAAUUAACUAGGCCCGCAGACAGGAAUAGCUGGAUUUAUGGGAUUGGGGGCAACCCUGUCUGUAAACCUCUCUGCUACCCAAGAUGUAAAAUAUGGCACCUAUGAGACUUCAUGCUGGGCGUGGGGCUUUGCUUGGAUGUUUGGCAUCUACCUUGGCGGUGGUGUAUCCGGUGCUCAUAUGAACCCAGCUAUUUCGAUCAGUUUAUCUCUAUUCCGCGGCUUCCCAUGGCGGUCAUGCCUCGUCUACGUGGUUGUGCAAUUUGUUGCCGGCAUUGCUGCCGGGGCUUUGGCUUAUGGUAUCUAUAGAGAUACGAUUAGAUACGUCGACCCUACUAUGUCGAAUACAGCCAAAACCUUCUUCUCGAGUCCCCAGGAAUGGGUAUCGCUUGGUACGGCUUUCUUUCAUCAGAUGGUCGGUAGUGCAAUUAUGAUGAUUGCUGUUUUCGCUCUGGGAGACGAUCAGAACAACCCUCCCGGUGCGGGAAUGCACGCCUUGGUAAGUAGUUCCCCGUUAGUAGGGCGGGGUGAUGAUGAACUAAUAUUCUAUCACAUCCUCUCACGUUUUCUCUUACAAAUAGUCUUUAACCAACGGUGCUAACCGGGAAACUUAGGUACUUGGGCUCUUAGUCACUACCCUGAAAUUUACUCUCGGGUACACAAUAGGAUCAGCACUAAAUCCAGCUUCGGACUUUGGCCCAAGAGUCGUAGCCUGGGCAGCAGGCUAUCGAGGCCCGGAAGUUUUUCAAACAGGAUGGUGGUUUUACGGCCCAUGGCUUGCUACUCUGAUUGGAUCCUUCAUCGAGUGUGCUUUAUAUGAUGGCUUCAUCUUUGUCGGAACUGAGAGUCCGAUCAACUACCGAAUAGAGGGUGGCGUCAAGAAGCAAACUCGAAAGCUUUUUGACUUUGCAAGAAGGGAGUGACGAUAUAGUUAUACUUUUUUGAUAGUGUAGGAAUUUAUAGAACUUGUAAUAGUUGAUAAUGAC